CUCCCCUCUCUCCCCCUCCUUAUAGUGACACAGAGUAGCAUGUACAGUAGAGAGAAGGUUAUGGUAACCCAAUUUCACUUAACACCACAACAAGUCCAGGAAAUAUUUAUAUCAGAGACCACACCCGGGAACUUUCAAACUCAAGUCAUAUUGAGACUGUGUAGGCGUGAGACCAGCUGUGAUCAGGAGGACUAUUGUCCAACGGAGUGCCGACUCAGCAUAAAUAAGAAGAGUUGCGUAAUACCAGGUUAUAAUUACAGUUUGUCCGGUCGUCCUGAUUAUAAGUACCUGAUGAAGCCAAUCAACAUUACUUCAUUUGUUCACACUUCAGCUCCUCAGGCUAACACUGUCACUGUCUCAUGGAGGGAUAGUCAUAAUGACCCACAGGGUUACUGUAUGACCAUACAGUUGGCUAGAAGCCUGUCUCCUUCAGAUCUUCUCCAAACGUUGAAAGGGAAAGGAGUUAAAUCUCCUGAAAUAUCCCGUGCUUUAGUCAAAGAGAAGUUAACAGUUGAAACUGAUUCCGAGAUAUCAGCUACCAGCCUUCGGGUAUCACUGAUUUGUCCAUUGGGUAAAGUCAAGAUGUCUUAUCCUUGUCGUUCUGUCUCUUGCAAUCACUUGCAGUGUUUUGAAGCAGCAACUUACCUCCAACUAAACGAAAAGUACAAAAUUAACAUCCAAUAUUAAUAAUAAUGCUACACUUUUCUCCU